GAAAGAAAACCACAACCACAACCUCAAACUCACUAUAUACCGUUCCGUGCUUUGUGUUGUGUGUCAGUUGAGGGAAAAUGGGCACUUCAGGGAUUAUCUUCUUGACCACACAUCUGUGCUCACCUUCCAAUUCUAUUUCCUUCCCUAGCCCAUGGCCAUGGCCACUUCUCCCUCAACUUCGACCUUCGAUACGUGCUCUUCCUCUUUCCCGAAUUCGCUCCUCAGUUUCUUCUUCUUCUUCUUCUACUACUACUACAGAGCUUACCCCAGAUAAACUUCCGACAAUUGAUUCUUCUGUAACUGGUGGUGCAUAUGAUUUCGCAAAAGCAACAACAUCACUAACGAAUGAGUUAAUCUCUUCACCGAAGAAAGUAACUCUUUUAAGGCACGGUCUUAGCACUUGGAAUGCAGAAAGCAGGAUUCAGAUGUUUUGCAUUCAACAUCAUUUACUGCAUCUGCUAUCCACUGUCAUUAAAUUGAUCAUAUGUACUCAGGGAAGCUCAGAUUUGUCUGUAUUAACUGAAGUUGGAGAAGAGCAAGCAGAAAGGUGCAAGAAAGCCUUGGAAAAUAUAUACUUUGACCAGUGUUUUGCAAGUCCAAUCUCUCGCGCCAAGCAAACUGCUGAAAUUGUAUGGCAAGGCAGGGAAAAACCAUUGGUUUAUCUUGAUUCUCUCCGAGAGAUACCUCUAUAUCACCUUGAAGGCAUGACAAAUGCGGAUGCUAAGCGAAUAUAUCCCAAAGAGUAUACAAUUUGGAGAGAAGAUCCAGCCAAUUUCAUCAUGAAUGGUAGAUAUCCUGCACGAGAUCUCUGGAUAACUGCAAGAGAUUGUUGGAAGGAAAUGUUAUUGUCGCCUGGUGAAAGCUUUCUGGUUGUGACUCACAAAUCUAUAUUGAGGGCGUUAAUUUGCACUGCUUUAGGCCUUGACCCAGAGAGGUUUCGUUCAAUUGAUAUCAACAAUGGCGGAUUAUGUGUCUUCAACUUCAAUGUCAGAGGAGAAGCAAUGCUUAAGGGUUUAAAUAUGACGGCUCACAUGUACAGUGAUCAUGUCUAUCCUGGUUAGUUCAACCUACACGCGAAGACAACACUUGCCAUUUUUAUGGGUAACUGGAAUUUACCGUGGAACAACAACAGUGAAGAUCUGGUGUGGAAUUUUUAGUUUUAAUCAUGUGAAAUUCCGAAUCAUUGGCAAGUGGGUGGGUCCAACCAGGAAGAAGGUUGAUUUUAUAGCAGGGGGUUUGAAUUUUUUCACAGCCCUCUCUUCCUUUGAUAUAUAGACAUAUAGGAAUGGAGAACUUGAGUAUAAUUUGAGAAAACUAAUUACGUGAUUUCCAACCUUCGUUGUAUGUAUGGAGUCUAUUCAAUCUCCUCAUUUUUCAAUAAAUAUUAUUUGAUGUCACGAUGUGCAAGUCAAGGAAACAAAAUAUUUUUACGAGGAGUACUGUUUAAUGCUCUAUAAUUUAUUUUACAUGAAGAUUUAUGUUUUAUGGUUGUAUAAAGAUAUCUUGUGUGGGGAUCAGAAUGAAUGUUGAACUGCAAGCAAUGUUUGUGUUGCAGUAGGGUUAAUAAUGAAGAUUUAUUGAUGCGGGUGAAUUUGUAA